AUGGCCCCGCAGAGAGUGGUGAAGCUGUCCCUGAAGAAGCCCACUUCCGCUGUGUGUGUGGCGGGAGUCGAGACGCUGGUGGACAUCCACAGUGAUGUGCCCAAGGGCRCCAAGAACUUCGACGUCUCUGGGAGCUCCAAGUUGGAUAUCUUUGUGGCCUACGAUUCCACUCGGGUGACAGAGCCUGCGGGCAAGGCGCCCUGGCCCCUGGACACCAGUGUGGAGGUCAUCGUUUCUGCAGACAAAGCCAGUGAGGACUUCAAUGACCUCAAGGUGACGGUGGCCUACUUCGGGGCGGAGGGGGGCGAGGCCCUGGGCCGCAGCGUGCUGCUCCUCACCUGCGUGGACGUUUCCCUGGACGUCGACACUGACCGCGUCGGCAAGGUCAGGAGAAGCGGCCGUGACAAGAAAACCUGGCGCUGGGGCCCUGAGGGCCACGGGGCCAUCCUGCUGGUUAACUGUGACAAGGACAGUGACAACUCCGUGGGGCCUGACCUGCAGAACAGCCGGCUGAUGUCCCUGGAGGACCUGCAGGACAUGUCCCCCAUGGUGCUCAGCUGCGACGGCCCCGACGAGGUCUUCCGCAGCCACAGGCUGGUCCUGAAGGCSCCCUGGCCGGACGCCAGGCGGCUGCGGGUCUUCUGCGCGCAGGGUGGGGAUCCGCUCUCCGACUACCAGCAGGUGCUGGGGCCGCAGCGCAGGUCCCACGAGGUGGAGCGGCAGCCGGGGCAGCGGCAGGUCCCGUUCUACGUGGAGGGCCUGGCCUUCCCCGACGCCGAGUUCCCGGGCCUGGUCUCCCUCAGCGUCAGCCUGAUGGACACAGGGACCCUGCCGGAGGAGCCCCUCUUCACAGACACCGUGGCCUUCCGCGUGGCCCCCUGGAUCAUGACCCCCAACACCCAGCCCCCUCUGGAGCUCUACGUGUGCAGUGUGAUGGACGCUCACGGCUCAAAUAAGAAGUUUCUGGACGACAUGGCCCACCUGGCCUCCAAAGCCAACUGCAAGCUGGUCAUCUGCCCGCGGGUGGACAAUCGGAAYGACCGCUGGAUCCAGGACGAGAUGGAGUUUGGCUACGUGGAGGCCCCUCACAAGUCCUUCCCCGUGGUCUUGGACUCUCCCCGGGACAGGGGCCUGCGGGACUUCCCCAAGAAGAUCCUGGGUCCYGACUUUGGAUACGUGACCCGGGAGAUCCUGUACGCCGGCCCCUCRGGCCUGGAUUCCUUCGGCAACCUGGACGUCAGCCCUCCCGUCGCGGUGGGCGGCCGGGAGUACCCCCUGGGCCGGAUCCUCGUUGGCGACUGCUUCCCCAAGUCCGUUGGGCGGCGCAUGGCCAAGGUGGUGCGCGACUUCCUGUGGGCCCAGCAGGUGCAGGCGCCCGUGCAGCUGUACUCCGACUGGCUCUCCGUGGGCCACGUGGACGAGUUCCUGAGCUUCGUGCCCACCUCCGACCAAAAGGGCUUCCGGCUGCUCCUGGCCAGCCCCAGCGCCUGCCUCCGACUAUUCCAAGAGAAGAGAGACCAGGGCCAUGGGGAGGCGGCCCAGUUUGARGGGUUAAAAGACCAGGCCCAGAGGAGCAUCAAUGACCUGCUGGCGGACAAACGCCUCAGGAGUGACAGCCUCUACGUACAGAGGUGCAUCGACUGGAACCGCGAGGUGCUGAAGCGGGAGCUGGGCCUGGCCGAGGCGGACAUCGUGGACAUCCCCCAGCUCUUCUCCCUGCAGGGCACCCGCGCCGAGGCCUUCUUCCCCGACAUGGUGAACAUGGUGGUCCUGGGCCAGUACCUGGGCAUCCCCAAGCCCUACGGGCCGGUCAUCAACGGCCGCUGCUGCCUGGAGGAGGAGGUGCGCGCCCUGCUGGAGCCGCUGGGGCUGCACUGCGUCUUCGUGGACGACUUCCUGUCCUACCACAAGCUGCUCGGCGAGGUCCACUGCGGCACCAACGUGCGCCGGAAGCCCUUCCCCUUCAAGUGGUGGCACGUGGUGCCCUGA